AUGGCUCUCGAUGAUUCUAAACCAGAAAAACAAGGGGCAAAAUCGAGUACCCCGAGCGAACUGAAUUCCGACACUCUUUCCGAUAUUGGAAUCAAAAGUCAGGAUGUUGAGGCUGCCAAAGAAUCACCCGACCAAGAUUCCCAGUAUCCUACGGGUGUACGGUUCGCCCUGAUCAUGACCUCAGUCUACGUUUGCAUGUUUCUUGUUUCUUUGGAUCGCAUGAUCAUAACAACCGCAAUCCCCGAAAUCACAAACCAAUUCCAUUCCAUAAACGACAUUGGGUGGUACUCGUCCGCCUAUCUCUUGACAACUUGCGCCUUGCAGCUUCUCUUCGGCAAAGUCUAUGCCUUUUUCAAUGCGAAGGCUACGCUUCUUAGCACCAUCUUCCUGUUCGAAGUUGGGUCCGCCAUUUGCGGAGCGGCACCCAACUCUAUUGCCUUCAUCAUCGGCCGGGCCAUUGCAGGCCUCGGCUCGGCUGGCAUUAUGACCGGCGUCCUCAUGACGAUUGUAAACACCGUGCCAUUGCCGAAACGACCAAUGUAUCAAGGCCUCUUCGGAGCCGUCUUCGGUAUAUCUUCUAUCAUCGGCCCUCUUCUCGGCGGUGCAUUUACGUCAAACGUGACUUGGAGAUGGUGUUUCUACAUCAAUCUCCCUGUUGGUGGAGUGGCCAUGGUUGUCGUGUUUUUCCUCAUGAAGAUCCCCGAUCGAGAUUCAACAAAGAUUCCUACCAAAGAAAAGUUGCUUCAACUAGACUUUUACGGGUCUAUACUGGUCAUUGCAGCUUGUGUCUGCCUAGUUCUUGCCUUGCAAUGGGGUGGUGUCACAUAUCCUUGGAAUAAUGGUCGGAUGAUUGCCCUGCUCGUCAUGGCAGGUGUGUUGUUUUUGAGUUUUGGCUUGGUUCAGGUCUAUUUGCCUCGAACUGCCACCCUACCGCCCAGGGUCAUAAAGCAACGGAGUAUCGUAGCUGGCAUGAUCUCUAGUUUUUGCGUUGGAUCGCAACAAAUGAUAUUCAUUUACUAUCUCCCCAUAUACUUCCAGGCCAUCCAGGGGGUAUCAGCCAUGCAGUCAGGAAUUCGACUUCUUCCCCUGCUUCUCUCCAUGGUUGUGUCCACCCUAGCGACAGGAGGACUUACUCGGCUCACCGGCUACUACACUCCGUUCCAAAUCAUCGGUACUGUUCUCAUGAGUAUAGGCGCCGGGCUGCUCACCACCCUCCAGGUGCAUUCAAGCAGUGGCGUGUGGAUCGGCUACCAAGUCAUCUAUGGUUUUGGCAUGGGCAUGGUCGUCCAGGCACCCAACCUGGCCGCUCAAACUGUCCUACCGAAAAAGGAUGUACCCAUAGGAGCGUCGUUCAUGUUCUUCACCCAACUACUCGGUGGUUCCAUAUUUUCAGCAGUUGGCCAAACGGUCUUCAACGACCAACUUCAGCGGCGUCUAUCCAACCUCGAGGGCUUCGAUCCCAAAUUCAUUCAGAGCAACGGUGCCACUUCUUUGACCGAAGUACCCGAUUCAAUCAAAGACGUCGUCUUGGAACGAUAUAAUGAGGCCAUCCGCCAAGUCCUGAGGGUUGGGAUGAUCCUAGUGUGCAUCACGAUAAUAGGAGCGCUGUUGAUGGAGUGGCGAAGCGUGAAGGAUGGCGGCGCUAAGCAAGACGAGAACAAAGAAAAGGCACAAGUAGCGGGCGAAGAAAAGCUUGAA